AUGCCUGAGAACGGCUCCUCCGCCAACUGUUGCGAGCCCGCAGGGCGGCCUAUGCGCCCCAGCUGGUCGGGAGCUGGCGGCACGGGACCCUCCGGGAUCCCCAGACCUCCCUGGGUGGCACCUGCGCUAUCCUCCGUGCUCAUCAUCACCACCACGGUGGACAUCGUGGGCAACCUUUUGGUCAUCCUGUCGGUACUCAGGAACCGCAAGCUCCGGAACGCAGGUAAUUUGUUCCUGGUGAGUCUAGCAUUGGCUGACCUGGUGGUGGCCUUGUACCCCUACCCGCUAAUCCUUGUGGCCAUCUUUCACAAUGGCUGGGAUCUGGGAGAAGCUCACUGCAAGGCAAGUGCCUUUGUGAUGGGCCUGAGUGUCAUUGGCUCUGUCUUCAACAUCACUGCCAUUGCCAUUAACCGCUACUGCUACAUCUGUCACAGUGUGGCCUAUCAGCAGCUCUGUGGACACUGGCACGCCUUCCUCUACAUUGGCCUUGUCUGGCUGCUCACUCUGGUGGCCUUGGUGCCCAACUUCUUUGUGGGGUCCCUGGAAUACGACCCACGCAUCUACUCCUGCACCUUCAUCCAAACAACCAGCGCCUGGUACACAGCAGCAGUAGUGGUCAUCCACUUCCUCCUCCCUGUCACUGUGGUGGCCUUCUGUUACCUGCGCAUCUGGGUGUUGGUGCUCCAGGCCCGCAGGAAGGCUAAGUCACAGAGCAAGCUGCGCCUGAAGCCCAGCGAUGUGCGGAGCUUCCUAACCAUGUUUGCGGUGUUUGUGAUCUUCGCCAUCUGCUGGGCCCCCCUUAACUGCAUUGGCCUCGCUGUGGCCAUCAACCCACAAGAAAUGGCUCCCCAUGUCCCAGAGGGGCUUUUUGUCACCAGCUACUUCCUAGCUUAUUUCAACAGCUGCCUUAAUGCCAUCAUCUACGGUCUCCUGAACCAGAACUUCCGCAGGGAGUAUAAGAGGAUCCUCUUGGCCCUCUGGAAUCCAAAGCGUUGCUUUCCAGAUGUUUCCAAGGGCAGCCACACUGAGGCCCCACUGAGCCAGGCUUCCCCUGGGGUUCAACCACAGCCUGUACAGGCAGAUGCUCACUAA